AUGAGCGUGCCCGAAGCCGAGCGCCUCGACCAGCUCCGCGCCCGGAAGCGCCGCAACUCGCACGCGUGGCGGCAGCGGCAGCGGAGCUCCAUGGAGUCGCUGCGUCGACAAAUGGCCGACCUCGAACGCUACGUGGCGGGCCUGCACCUCGUGCUCGGCAGCGCGCCCGACCGCACGCAGAACGUCGAUCUCUCGCGCAAGUUCUCCAACCUCCUCAUCGAGAAAGAGUUUCUCAAGCGUGAGACAGCGACGCUCCAGGCCGCGCUCGACCGGCGCAACUUGUUUCUGCGCGCUGUGCAGCCUUCGAUCCCACGCUGCGACUUGUCGGAUCCACGAAUCCAGGACGACAUGUUCCUCUUCGACCACCUCCAAACGGUCAUGCGCCAUGUUCACCACGAUAUCCCUGCGGCGCUCACGAGCGGCAAUCCAAGCAUCGACAUGAUUCACGGCUGGCGCGCCGAGUCCAUCGAGGACGGACUCAAGCUCAUGUUCAAGCUCGAGCGCACCGUCGGCUUGCUCCACCUCGACGAUGUGCGCUACAUGAGCGAGUACCACUGGGCGCAGCGCAACCAGAAAGAGACGUACCUCAACAUCAACAAGAAGGCCGUCAUUCGCCGGCCGCAGCAAGAUUUGAGCAUCGUGGAAUGCAUUCUUAAAGACCCGGACGCUGUCCGCGUCAUGAUUCAGUUUCAGACGUAUUUGACCAACGGCUUUGACUAUUGCACGAUCAACCUCUCGCCCGACUUGAACCGCAUGACAACCUUUAUGCUGGUCUCGGUGCGCGUCGCCCAUGGCGAGAUCGUCACGACGGCUGUCGGCGGUGGCACUGCGAUUGUCGACCUGCCCAACGCACUGCUCUUGCGCGGGCUUGUCUCGCAGCUCAACCAGUGGGAAAACGUCCUCCGCGCCCAUUACGGCCAGCCAGAAACCGAGUCGGUGAGCCCGCGCUAGUCGAGUCGAGUCGUCGCGUCGACAAUUUUGACAUUUAUCAUUCUCUGUAACAUGUGUACAUCAACAAAAGGCCGC